GCUGCGCAGGCGCAGACUCUGCAGUGCCCACGCUUGAUGCACAUGCGUACUCAGGUGCGUCGGCUGGGAGCGUGCCGCCAAAGCAAAAAUGGCGGCGGCUGUGCGCGUGGCGGCAGCUGUAGCAAAGCUCCGCGUUGUAGCGAGCAGUCUCCGCGCGGCGGUCCGCAGCGUGUGCAGCCAGCCCGUCUCCGUUAACGAGCGCAUCGAGGACAAGCGCCGCACCGCGCUGCUGGGCGGAGGCCAGCGCCGCAUCGACGCGCAGCAUAAGCGAGGAAAGCUAACGGCCAGAGAGCGGAUCAGUCUCUUGCUGGACCCUGGCAGUUUCGUUGAGAGUGACAUGUUUGUGGAACACAGAUGUGCAGAUUUUGGAAUGGCUGCUGAUAAGAAUAAGUUUCCUGGAGACAGUGUGGUUACUGGACGGGGCCGAAUCAAUGGAAGAUUGGUUUAUAUCUUCAGUCAGGAUUUUACAGUUUUUGGAGGCAGUCUGUCAGGAGCACAUGCCCAAAAGAUCUGCAAAAUCAUGGACCAGGCCUUGACGGUGGGGGCUCCAGUGAUUGGACUGAAUGACUCUGGAGGAGCACGGAUCCAAGAGGGAGUAGAGUCCUUGGCUGGCUAUGCAGACAUCUUUCUGAGGAAUGUCGUGGCAUCCGGGGUCAUCCCUCAGAUUUCUCUGAUCAUGGGGCCUUGUGCUGGUGGGGCUGUCUACUCCCCAGCCCUAACAGACUUCACGUUCAUGGUAAAGGACACCUCCUACCUGUUCAUCACUGGCCCUGAUGUUGUGAAAUCUGUCACCAAUGAGGAUGUGACCCAGGAGGAGCUUGGUGGUGCCAGGACCCACACCACCAUGUCAGGUGUGGCCCACAGAGCUUUUGAAAAUGAUGUUGACGCCUUGUGUAAUCUCCGGGAGUUCUUCAACUACCUGCCCCUCAGCAAUCAGGACCCGGCUCCCGUCCGCGAGUGCCACGAUCCCAGUGACCGUCUGGUUCCUGAGCUUGACACAGUUGUCCCUUUGGAAUCUACCAAAGCCUACGACAUGGUGGACAUCAUACACUCUGUUGUUGAUGAACGAGAAUUUUUUGAGAUCAUGCCCAAUUAUGCCAAGAACAUCAUUGUUGGUUUUGCAAGAAUGAACGGGAGGACUGUUGGAAUUGUUGGCAACCAACCUAAGGUGGCUUCAGGAUGCUUGGAUAUUAAUUCAUCUGUGAAAGGAGCUCGUUUUGUCCGAUUCUGUGAUGCGUUCAAUAUUCCACUCAUCACUUUUGUUGAUGUCCCUGGCUUUCUGCCUGGCACAGCACAGGAAUACGGGGGCAUCAUCCGGCAUGGCGCCAAGCUUCUCUACGCAUUUGCUGAGGCAACCGUGCCCAAAGUCACAGUCAUCACCAGGAAGGCCUAUGGUGGUGCCUAUGAUGUCAUGAGCUCCAAGCACCUUUGUGGUGACACCAACUAUGCCUGGCCCACAGCAGAGAUUGCAGUCAUGGGAGCAAAGGGUGCUGUGGAGAUCAUCUUCAAAGGGCACGAGAAUGUGGAAGCUGCGCAAGCAGAGUAUAUUGAGAAGUUUGCCAACCCUUUUCCUGCAGCAGUGAGAGGGUUUGUGGAUGACAUCAUCCAGCCUUCCUCUACACGUGCCCGAAUCUGCUGUGACUUGGAUGUCUUAGCCAGCAAGAAGGUGCAGCGUCCUUGGAGGAAACAUGCAAAUAUUCCAUUGUAAAUGAAUCAAAUGAAAAGAAACAAAGAGCUAAUUACUGCCUGGCCAUUCACACUGAUCCCUGCCAUUUGCAAUCAUGAAACCUGGGAAUCCAAAUACUAGUAAUAACUUGCAGUGGCUAAGUUUAUUAAAUUCCAGAAAGAUUUCAUUUGUCCCUUACUGUAAAAUUAUUUGCUUUAUUAAAAAUCUUAACU